AUGGCCCAUCCCGAAUCUGAUUUGAUGGAGGAGUGCCUAAAAGAAGACUUGAAGUUUUACUUCAUGAAUCCAUGUGAAAAGUAUCGAGCGAGACAUCAGAUUCCAUGGAAAUUGGGGCUGCAGAUUUUGAAGAUUGUAAUGGUGACAACACAGCUUGUUCUUUUUGGUCUGAAUAACCAACUGGUGGUCUCCUUUAAAGAGGAUAAUACGGUGGCUUUUAAGCACUUAUUUCUAAAGGGAUAUUCUGGCGUGGAUGAAGAUGACUACAGUUGCAGCGUCUAUACACAGGAAGAUGUCUAUGAAAGCAUGUUUUUUAUUAUUAACCAGUAUCAGCGUUUAAAGAAUAUCUCACUGGGCAUGCUUGGUUAUGAAGAAAAUGAAGAUGAUAGAAUUGGCUUGAGAGUGUGCAAACAACAUUAUAAGAAAGGCACUGUUCUCCCAUCAAAUUAUACCCUCAACAUAGACAGUGAAGUUGAAAUAGAUUGUAUCCACUUAGACCUACAGGUCCUCAAUAGUGAGAAUUCAGGACAUUGGAUGAAUUCCUCUUUUUUUAGUCUAGAAUUUUAUCGGCUUUUACAAGUUGAAAUCUCCUUUAACCUCAAAGGCAUUGACCUACAGACAAUCCAUGCCCGGGAGCUACCAGACUGUUAUGUCUUUCAUAACAUCAUUACCUUUAACAAUAAAGCUCACAGUGGUAGAAUAAAAAUCUAUUUUGAUACCGAGGCCAAUAUUCAGGAGUGCAAAGGCUUGCAUGUAUCUGGAUCAAGUCAGAAAAACACCCAAUACAUCCUGAUGUUCGAUGUGUUUGUGAUUGUGAGCUGUGCUACUUCCCUUAUUCUGUGCACCAGAUCCAUUGUCCUGGCCCUCCGACUGCAAAAAAGAUUUACAAGGUUCUUCCUGGAGAAAUAUAAAAGACGUGUGAAUGAUGCUGACCGCUGGGAAUUUAUCAAUGGAUGGUACAUCUUAGUGAUCAUCAGUGACCUAAUGACCAUCAUUGGAUCAAUAUUAAAAAUGGAAAUCAAAGAAAAGAAUCUCACAAAUUAUGACCUCUGCAGCAUUUUGCUUGGGACAUCCACUUUGUUUGCUUGGGUUGGAGUCAUCAGAUACUUGGGCUAUUUCCAGACAUACAAUGUGCUCAUUUUGACGAUGCAGGCUUCGUUGCCCAAAGUCCUUAGGUUCUGUGCGUGUGCCGGGAUGAUUUACCUGGGAUACACCUUCUGCGGCUGGAUCGUCAUAGGACCCUACCACGAGAAGUUUGAAGACCUGAGCACAGUGGCAGAAUGUCUGUUUUCUCUGGUCAACGGCGAUGACAUGUUUGCGACCUUUGCUCAGAUCCAGCAGAAGAGCAUCUUGGUGUGGCUCUUCAGUCGUGUGUAUUUAUAUUCCUUCAUCAGCCUUUUUAUCUACAUGAUUCUCAGUCUCUUCAUUGCACUUAUUACAGACUCCUAUGACACCAUUAAGAAAUACCAACAGAAUGGCUUUCCACUAACGGACCUUCAGGAAUUCCUAAAGGAAUGUAGUGGCAGUGAAGAGUACCAGAAACAAGCCCCAACCCCCAUGACCUUUCUCUGCUGCUGUCGAAGGCGAGAAAGUGAUGACAAUUUGAUACUUAUUAACUAAGGACCUGUUGGCCGCAGAGAAUGGAAUUUCAGGCCUCCUUACACCGUGGAAAUGUAGGGUGGGACCAGGCUAUUGUUGUUGAAACGGUCACCCACAUUGCAAAUAGACCGAGCUUGGACCUGUGUUUCCAUAAACAGACUGACUUAUUGAACUGUCAAGUGGGAAAGAGAAGUUGCUGAUUGCGCCGCUGGCUGGCUGAAGGACUGGAGCCACUUUUUAUGAACUUGGAUUCCAAAGACUGGCUCCCCCCUCUCACUAGAAGUUUACACACAUAGGAUGGGGACAACCUAUUUUUCCCCCCCUGUUUGUCUUAUUUAUGGGAUGAAACAUUUGUUGGGGGUAGGGGGAGUAGAGAGAAGGAGGGAAAAGAUGACUUCUUUCAAAAGGUGUAAAACAAUGGCGUAAAAACUACAUACAUAGAUAUUGUUCAAAGUGAAGACCAGCAGGAGAAGAAAAGUGGUUGCUGGGGAUGGAAGAUGUUUCAGCGACUCACCAGCAACAUGGAAGUGAGGUCGGUUGCUGAAUUCUAAUCUAGAGACCCCAAACUGAAGACCUUUUCAGCCAUUUGAAGAUACAAAGAUUUUAAAAAUUAUUCUAAAGCAAUUUAAUGUUAUGAGACAUUUCUUGAAUCUAUUUCUAAAUUUUUUCUUCCUGUGGUUUUCCUCUACUCCAAUGUAAUUUAGAAAUCUUAAUGGGUUGGCUCGUGUAUUAGCUGGACUCUGGCUCAUUUGAACCCAUCCCUACCACUCUGGUUUCUUGGUAACUGCACACUAACCUAAUUGAGGGUCGGAGGGAGGAGACACGGUUGUUGUAUGGACAGCACACAUUUUUAAUAUAAGCCAAUUCCAGAUUGAACACCAUUAAUGUGCUGUUUACCCUUCAAGUUAUGGUAAUAUGGCAAUUUUGUUAAAUCAAU